GUGGGAUGCUAUGGAAUAUGAUGAGAAGCUGGCCCGGUUCCGGCAGGCCCAUCUCAACCCCUUCAACAAGCAGCUGGGGCCAAGGCAGCAUGAGCAGAGGGCCAGCGAGGAGGCCCCAGACUUCGCUUCUGAAGAGGCCCUGCCUGAGUUGCCCCCUGGAGAGCCAGAAUUCCACUGCACUGAGCGAGUGAUGGAUCUCGGCCUUUCUGAGGACCACUUCUCCCGCCCUGUGGGUCUCUUCCUGGCCUCUGACAUUCAGCAGCUGCGGCAGGCCAUCGAGGAGUGCAAGCAGGUGAUUCUGGAGCUGCCCGAGCACUCGGAGAAGCAGAAGGAUGCCGUAGUUCGGCUCAUCCACCUCCGGCUGAAACUCCAGGAGCUGAAGGACCCCAACGAGGACGAGCCCAACAUCCGAGUCCUCCUCGAGCACCGUUUCUACAAGGAGAAGAGCAACAAGAGUGUCAAGCAAACCUGUGACAAGUGCAACACCAUUAUCUGGGGGCUCAUUCAGACCUGGUACACCUGUACAGGCUGUUAUUACCGCUGUCAUAGCAAGUGCUUGAACCUCAUCUCCAAGCCCUGCGUGCGCUCCAAAGUCAGCCACCAAGCGGAAUACGAGCUGAACAUCUGCCCCGAGACAGGGCUGGACAGCCAGGAUUACCGCUGCGCAGAGUGCCGGGCGCCCAUCUCUCUGCGGGGCGUGCCCAGCGAGGCCCGGCAGUGUGACUAUACCGGCCAGUACUACUGCAGCCAUUGCCACUGGAAUGACCUGGCUAUCAUCCCUGCACGAGUUGUGCACAACUGGGACUUUGAGCCGCGCAAGGUGUCCCGCUGCAGCAUGCGCUACCUGGCACUGAUGGUGUCUCGUCCGGUCCUCAGGCUCCGCGAGAUCAACCCUCUGCUCUUCAACUACGUGGAGGAGCUGGUGGAGAUCAGGAAGCUGCGCCAGGACAUCCUGCUCAUGAAGCCAUACUUCAUCACUUGCAAGGAGGCCAUGGAGGCACGUCUGCUCCUGCAGCUCCAGGACCGGCAGCAUUUUGUGGAGAACGAUGAGAUGUACUCUGUCCAGGACCUGCUGGAUGCGCACACGGGCCGCCUCAGCUGCUCGCUCACGGAGACCCACACACUCUUUGCCAAGCACAUCAAGCUGGACUGUGAGCGGUGUCAGGCCAAGGGCUUCGUAUGCGAGCUCUGCAGAGAGGGUGAUGUGCUGUUCCCCUUUGACAGCCACACGUCCGUGUGCACCGAGUGCUCUGCUGUCUUCCACAGGGACUGCUACUAUGACAACUCUACCACGUGCCCCAAGUGUGCCCGGCUCACCUUGCGGAAGCAGUCACUCUUCCAGGAGCCUGGUCCAGAUGUGGAUGCCUAGAGCAGCAGGCACCCCCCCCACCCCAAGCCUUUCUGGCAUCCAACCUGCUGGUCAUUGCCAAAGUCAAGGUGUUUUUUGUGUUCUGGAGACCCCAAGGGUGCAGCCCCUGGACGUCUCCCUUGUGCUGGGCCGGAGGGGUGUAAGCAGCACCAUGAGGCCCGUCAUCUGUCUCCCAGGCAUUUGCUGGGAUGUGGUGCAGCCUGGCUCUUUGCUGGGUGUGCUGCUGUGAAGGCUUCAGGGCUCCGUAAGCAGGGGAGUGGGCAAAGGGCGUCUCACCUCCCUGGUGGCAAAGAGCCUUGGGGCCGUGGCUGCUGGGCUUUGGCCACCCUGAAAACCCAGAGAGGACUUUGUGGGAGUAGCCAACAAACCCUGGGGAUGCUGGCUACAUACACCCAGACUUGGCCUGAGGAAAAUCUGCAGUGGAUGAUUUGGACCUACCUGGAGGCUCCCAUCCCCCAGCCCCUUGUCUGUUUGGAGACUUCUAGUUGUCUCUGGCUGGGGUCGUUCACAACCGUCUCCUGAGGGCUCUGCCCCUGCCUCUUGAGGUUCUGUCUCUAGGUUCUCCUCUGACAGGACCAGCCCGGGGGUUACCUGUUCUGUACAACGUGGAGGGAAGGGGGCCGUGGUCUCUUCCUCCUACUCCCCCGGCCUACCCUGGUGCUCCAGGCUGGGUGGCUGGGGGUCCAGUUGGAAGAGGCUGUCCUGCUUCCCAGUUUGGAGCAAGGACUAUGCCCCUGGGGGAAUUCUAGGUUAGGCAACGGGGUUGGCAGCAGUAGGCCUGUGUGGCUCUUCUGGGAACUCUCUGCCUGAGGAGCUCCAUGCUGCUUCCACAGUGCCUGUGGAGGGCUCCGGAUGGCCCAGAGACCACCAGCCAGUGGUCUUUUGCUUGGGGCCUGGAGGUGCUGGGAGUAUUUGCUCAAGGGAGCUUUGGGCAGGAAUCUUAGAGCCCAUGCGGGAAGCCUGGAGCACAGGAUGUGGAAGGUCCUGUACACCAGCUGACAAAUGGGACCCUCAGGCAGAAGGUGAGAACCCACAGGUUCUUCACUGGUGGAGCCACAGUCAACCUCGGUGUUUGCAGGGACGUUUUGUGCUUUAGAGACCUUGCCAUUGAGGGGGGAGUCCUGUGGGAAGGGGACAUUUCAGGAUGUGGCUCUCCAGCCUUUUGUGCCCUCUUGCCCAGACUGUGGUCAGCUGUUGAUGCAUAUGGUUGACAUACAUAUGUGGUGGGGGUGGGGUGGACAGGGAACAUAGCCACUUGGGUAUCCAUCACCUUUGGCUAGGAAACCCAAGAGGAGAUGCUUCAGCCAGCAGAAAAGUCGGCUUAGCCUGCUGGAGGAUCAGAGGGGUGGCUAAAGACCGUGUCUCCUCCUCCUGGCUCUUCUGCGCCAUCAGAAAAGCCUCCGUUGGUGGCUUUAGGCAAUCCUCUCGCUGAGUGUUCUGAUCUGCCUUGGGGUAACAGUGAGAAGCAAACAUUGGUGCGGUUGGGUCAACAGGUCCCUGCCCUGCUUCCCCUUCCUCUCGAGGGCUGAAGAGGGGCUUAAGGUCCAGAUGCCCUUUUCCUGCACCCCCAGAUCCACACAUUUUCCACCACUGCUUCCCAUUUCUGUCAGAAGGAUACUGGCCAUUCCCGGCUUUACCGCGUAACGGACGUCACAUCAUUGUAGUUACAAUCACCACGUCCAUAGAAAGCGUUAAUAAGUUGCCAUCUGCUGGAUGAGGAGUUGGCCCCCUUUUCUUUUUAACAACCCCCAUUCCCUCCUCCCCCAAUAUCGCCAUCUUCCCCUUCUGGAUGACCGAGUCUUUAAACAAGAUCACGUGUGGGUCUUGGAAUCCAAGCACUGUAGCCAGAACCCACCAAAGAGCCAGUUUGCAUGGCCAGCGCUUCACAGAAAAGCAGCAAGGGACACCUGGGUGUACUGACGCCAUAGCCUCUGUCUCAUUAAAUCUGUGUUCUC